UGCUCUCUCUGCCCGGACCGUCAAACCGUUUCCGGGGGACAGGGUACCAGCAGUAAACAUGGCGGAACAGCUGCUGGAAACCGUGGAGAGACUUCAGACCCGGAUCCAGGACAGUCCGGAGCCUCGGAAGUUACUGAAGACACUCAAACGGCUGGGAGAGCUGCCCAUGACUGUGGACAUACUGGUGGAAACUGGAGUGGGGAAGACCGUGAACUCGUUCAGGAAACAUGAAGUAGUGGGAGAUCUGGCCAAAAGCCUCGUGGCCAAGUGGAAGAAACUGGUUCCUCAGUCGUCAGACAG